AUCUGUUGUGGGCUCCAACCGUGGGGGCCAGAGGGGAGCGUGGGGGCUCAGCCAGGGGCCUACACACAGCACCAGCUGCAGGCCGGGAGGGCGGAUGCCUGCGGGGAGCGGGCUCAACAGGGCCUGAGGUGGGACUGUUGGCCACGCCCCCCGCCCCCCCUAGCCCAGCGGUCUCCAUGCUGGCCCCGAGCCCAUUCCUGCUACAGCUCCUCGUGGUUGGGCUGACCUCAGGGGCCAGCCUGCCACCAGGGCCCAGGACCCCCUUGGGCAUGUGCCCCAACCAGCUCAGCCCCAACCUGUGGGUGGACGCCCAGAGUACCUGUGAGCGGGAGUGCGUCGGGGACCAGGACUGCACAGCCGCGGAGAAGUGCUGCACCAACGUGUGUGGGCUACGGAGCUGUGUGGCCACUCGCUUCCCAGAUGGGGACCUGGCGGCCCCUGCACAGGCAGUGUCCUGUGAGGGCUUUGCGUGCCCCCAGCAGGGCUCCAGCUGUGAUAUCUGGGGCGGGCAGCCGGUGUGUCGCUGCCGGGACCGCUGUGAGAAGGAGCCCAGCUUCACCUGUGCCUCUGACGGCCUCACCUACUACAAUCGCUGCUACAUGGAUGCCGAAGCCUGCCUGCGAGGCCUGCACCUACACGUUGCACCCUGCAAGCACGUGCUCAGCUGGCCGCCCAGCAGCCCGGGGCCGCCAGAGACCACCGCCCGCCCAACGCCCGGGGAUGCCCUCGUGCCGCCGGCCCUCUACAGCAGCCCCUCCCCACAGGCGGUGUAUGUGGGGGGCACGGCCAGCCUCCACUGCGAUGUCAGUGGCUACCCGCCACCCACUGUGACCUGGGAGAAGCAGAGUGACCAGCGGGAAAACCUGAUCAUGCGGCCAGACCAGAUGUACGGCAACGUGGUGGUCACCAGCAUUGGGCAGCUGGUGCUCUACAAUGCCCGGCCAGAGGACGCCGGCCUCUACACGUGCACUGCACGCAACGCUGCCGGUCUGCUGCGGGCUGACUUCCCACUCUCCGUGGUCCAGCGGGAGUCGGCCGGCCCCAGCGCCCCUGCCCCGGCCACGUGCCUGGCCCACGCGCAGGCCUGCACUGGCCCACCCUCUGGCCCGGUCCUCUGGCAUUUCGACCCACAGCGGGGCGGCUGCAUGACCUUCCCAGGGGGCGGCUGUGACGGCGGGGCCCGGGGCUUCGAGACCUACGAGGCGUGCCAGCGGGCCUGUGUCCGCGGCCCCGGGGACACCUGCGCGCUGCCGGCCGUGCAGGGCCCCUGCCAGGGCCGGGAGCCACGCUGGGCCUACAGCCCGCUGCUGCAGCAGUGUCACCCCUUCGUGUAUGGCGGCUGCGAGGGCAAUGCAAACAAUUUCGAGAGCCGCGAGAGCUGCGAGGACGCCUGCCCCGUGCCACGCACACCGCCCUGCCAGGUCUGCCGCCUCAGGAGCAAGCUGGCGCCCAGCCUGUGCCGCAGUGACUUUGCCAUCGUGGGGCGGCUCACCGAGGUGCUGGAGGAACCCGAGGCGGGCGGUGGUGGCAUCGCCCGAGUGGCUCUGGACGACGUGCUCAAGGACGACAAGAUGGGCCUCAGGCUCUUGGGCACCAAGUACCUGGAGGUGACGCUGAGCGGCGUGGACUGGGCCUGCCCCUGCCCCAACGUGACGGCGGGCGACGUCCCGCUGGUCAUCAUGGGCGCGGUGCGAGACGGCGUGGCGGUGCUGGACGCCGGCAGCUACGUGCGCGCAGCCAGCGAGAAGCGCGUCAGGAAGGUCUCAGAGCUGCUCGAGAAGAAGGCCUGCGAGCUGCUCGGCCGUUUCCAGGACUAGCCCCGC